AUGGAUAUCAAAGUUAUCAAAGAUAUCAAAAAAGAUUUAGACCGUUGGUACAGUAGACUUCGAAGUCGGUAUGUUGAUUUGGUUGGUGACUUUGGUGGUAGUGAGUUAUUCGUUAUAGAAGGCGAUAGUUUGCUUUACAAAUUCAUUUGCGAUCCAAAAAGACAUUUUCUUAAUUUUGGUGAACUAUAUGGCGGUGGUCAAUUUCUGUCAUUAACUUUUCUUGUAGAAACAUUUCUCAAUAAACUCAAACAACGUGGAUGCAAUUUCCAUUUAUUAUUUUUUCAUGAACAUAAAGGGAUAUGGAACUGUGAUCCAAAGUUUAGAAUUGCAAGAGAAAUCAUUAUUGAACAUUUAAAAUCGUGUCAAGAUGAAAGUAAAAUUCCAAUUUAUGAAUUUUCAUCAUGGUGGAAUUCAGAGUUUAAUCAAUAUAUUGUUGACAGACAACCGUUGUUUAUUUUAUCUGGCGAUGGGACCAAUGAAGAAGGGGCUAUUGAAGACGGGACCACUGAAGAUUUAAAAAUAAGCCUUACUUAUAACAAUAAUGAAAUAUUAAUAAGUUUAAUUCCUAAAAUUCAAAAUAAAUUAACAAUUCUUUUAAAAGGGUUAUUUUACAAUUCACUUCAUAAAGAUCUUUCUAUGGCACUUAUACCAGGAAUGGAGUUUAGAGAUUCCAGAGCUCGAGCUUUUGUAUUUGAUCGUGGUGGUAAUGUAAAUCAAUCAACUAUUGAAAAAUUGCCAGAUAUCGUUAGUCUAUGUGAAUUUGAGGCGGUAGAAUCUAAUGAAGAAAAUUUAUGGACUAAUAUAGAAAAAGAUUUUAUUACAUCCGUGAUUUCAAAUAUAUUUAAUAAACGAGAAAAUGAAGAAAUAUUGAAGAAUGGCGGACAAAGGCUCAUUCUAGUUAUCAUAUCGUUAAUUGCUGUUUUACACCAAAAUUCA